GCUCUGCCCACGAGAGCGAUGACCGAAGUCGACAGCGUUAUCGCGCGCUUGCGGCGACAGAUCGAUGGCCUCAAGUCGAAAGAACAGAAGUUGAUCGAUGAGUUAGACGCGGUGAUUGAAUCCCCUGACGCUACUAUGCUGGAUCUGCUUGUUUUCGACAAAAACAAGUUCCCUGCCUCACGUGAGCUGUGGAGCCGCAUCGGUCCAACGAUACCGCCUGCACUGGAGCAAGCGUACAUUGCGUACAAAGUUGCACGACAACAAGUUUGUGGCGAACUAUCCAUACAUGACCUGUUGGUGCGUAUACUCACGAGCUUGGUGUGUAGAUGAAAUCCACAGCAACGUACGACAACGACUCGACCGUGCCGUCGACACCCUCUGCAACGGUCGAAAACAACGAGGAAACAAGCCUAGCGUGCCCAAAGACGGCAAGUGUGACUGAGGUCACGUCCACGCCUGUUUCCCCUCCACUGCCGCUUGGUCCCGACGAGCGCAGUGUUGCCCCAACCGUUGCCACCACAGCGACUGCUGCAUUAUCCCAUGCUCCACGUGCAUCAACUCGAAUUCGGUCCAAGCAAGAUUUACCACCACCAUCAGUCCCCUCGUCGUCCAACGAGGCCAACGAAGCCAAUGACGACGACGACCAAGACAGUGAAUCCGAUCUGAAUGCUCCUCUCGUCAACUUGCGGAGGCGCGUACUUUUGCCCAAGCAGGACGAGGCUCAAGAAGACGACACCCCCAACGACGACCACGAGGACGAAGACGGUGAUGAUGAUGGUGACGACGACGGCGACGGUGAUAUUGAAGACGACGGCGGGACGUCUGCAAAAACGUCGAAGCGCAACUUGGUCAAACCACCCAAAGGCAAAGUUGGUCGGCCGCGCAAACACCCACCGGCUCGGUCGACAGCGACGCGAGUGUCGGCUCGUCACCACAACGCAAAAUCCGCAGACGAAACGUCAUCGCCCGCCGCAUCGACGUCGCCGACUCGGUCAGCGUCAACCGGCCGUGGCCGUAAAAAGAAGGCGACCGCACAAGAUCCUGUCGUGGACGACAACACCCCCACAAGACGCAAAUCGGCCCGACGAGCCGCCGCGACGACGAGUGCGCCAACGAAAGCGGCACCAGCGACAGGAGGACGUAAGAAAAAAGCCACCGAUAGUGAAUAAUAUGGCGCGUGAGUGUAUUGGAGGCCUGUUGGUUGC